AUGAUGAAGCCUAUUUUCAUUCUCAAUCUCAGAGACAGUAUCACCAUCAUCACCACCACCACCACGAAGGUUCCCGUAAAAUCCCGGCACGCGAGUGGGGCAUCACUGGGUGGACCUCAAGAAAACCCCACCAGACACGGGGUGGUGCUUUGGCUCUCACUGCCUGCGGAUCAUCUGGGCGCAUUGUAUCGAGUUACCGAGGAGCGUCCUUCCAAUAUGCCCCUAAGAUCAAUACGGAGCUCGGCCUGCAGGAAUAAAGCGGUGAGCCGGGGCGCUUACGCUUUUGAGAAGGUCGGAAAAGGAUGGACAGCAGAAAGGUCAAAUCCAGACACUCGGCCUGCUCUCACACGUCCAGCCGCCCGAAUUUCGACGGCCUCGGUUUGGAGGUCGAACCCUGGCAAAUUCGAUUCGUUCACUAUCACUUCUGAGGUGCUUGAUCCACUUUCCGAGCCAUGCAGCGGUCCGACCCAGUCAACGCCUCAGCUUGUCCUGUAUCUCAUGGAAGGAUGUUACGAGCUUGCAGGUCCAGGAACGACGCGAGAUACUCAUGACGACCUACCAGUUGGUCGAAAGGGUGUCAACAACUUGGGAACAAGUCGCUUGGGGUUUCAUCUAUCAGGCAAUAUCGAGCACCUGCGCUCGCUUUUCUCCGGCGGGAGCGUGUCCUCCAUACCUUUGGUGAUUCGCUACCCGUUCUAUUUCCUCCUUUGCACCAAAGAUGCAGUCGAUCAACUUCGUCGCGAAGGUCAGGCGCGUCCAACUCCACCAGGUACCGUUGCAGGAAAUCAGGAACCUCUUCCCCGAAACCCCGGCCCUUACACUAGCAAGCGUCGGCAGCCAUCCCAGGCUAGGAAGUGGAAGAGAAAAAGUCUACUUAUCUCGGCUGGCGCUCAUCGUCCCGACAACUUUGGGACUUUGGCGGUUUGCAUCGACCCUGGUCGGCGGCGCCCGAUGUCAACCAUCACCGUCUUGGUGCCGUUGGGGAUUGAUCUUGAUCCCCGUGGAAGGAUUCCUUGA